CCCACGAAGUAGUCAACCCGGAACACUGUCGUUGCGUCUUUUCAUCUGUCUCAUCUUUCGUUUCAUUUGCUUACUCGUCCCGUGUUCGUUGACCGGCUGCUAACAUUUAGCAACUUUGUGGUGUUGUUCAGCUCUCAGGAGACGAAAUCUAACUGUAAACCAGAAUCUCCAAUUCGAACGAUAUGGCUACGGAAGUAACUACAACUGAUAGUCAAGAAUAUAAAUUCUAUCCAUUGAAUUUUGGUGCUUUGCACUUCAGCGUCAAAGCUUCAAAUGAUGCUCAUAUUGCUUUAACUGCUACUGCUGAAAAUAAGCCACCUAAAUAUGAGAUAUUUCUGGGUGGUUGGGGAAAUUCAAAGUCUUCCAUACGCAAAAAUAAUGAAGAACCAGACAAGGUUAUUGCUGAUACUCCAAAAAUAUUGAAUGGCAGUGAAGAAAGAUCAUUUUGGAUUAAAUGGGGAGGUGGUUUUAUUGGUGUAGGAAAACAAGGCGAAGAAAAACCUUUCAUGUCAUGGCAAGAUGAAGAAUCUCUUAAUGUUUCCUUUUAUGGUGUACGUACUGGAUGGGGAGCUACUGGUGUAUGGACCAUUGAAGAUAACAUUUACAUAAAUACCGAAGAUAGUAAAGAUUACAUAUAUCGAGUUAUACUUCAUGGAUCAAUCAGUUUUUCAGUUGAUAGUGCUAAUGAUGCACACAUUGCUUUGACAAAUAAAGCUAAUGAAUCUGACCCUAUAGUAGAGAUAUUACUUGGCGGUUGGAAGAAUACAGCAUCUGCUAUACGUUACAACAAAGAAAAACCAGAUAAGGUACACAUAGAUACUCCUCAACUUCUGAGUAAAGAUACAUCAAAGAAAUUUGUCAUAUUUUGGAGAGAUGGUAUUUUUGAAGUGUUUUGUGACAAUUCUAAAUUAUUAGAAUGGAAAAAUUCAAGUCCUUUUAGCAUUUCUCAUUAUGGCAUUCGCACUUGUUGGGGGGCUGUUGGUAAUUGGCGUAUUCAUGGUGCAGCAGAUGAUCAAUUUAAAAGCAAAGUAGUUUCUACCCCAAAACCAAAACCAAAACCUUUGAACGGAAAAGCUCCGCCUGCAGCUUCACCUGGUUGGAAACUUGAUGGACCCACAUCUGGUCCAGUUCAAUGGGUUCAUGCCAGUAACGGGCAAAUACCUCCAAAUGCUUUACCGGGUGGUUUUGAUGCUACCAAUGAACAACUGUAUGUAGCUAGGGCAGAGCAUAAUGGUGCUCUUAUUCCUGGAAAACUUGUUCCUUCUCAUGGUGUUGUUUAUGUAGCUUGGGGUGGUGUUGAGAAUCCUAAAGAGAAUUAUGAAGUACUUUGCAAUUGUUCUGGUACUUGGGUAAAAGCCAAUCAAGGAGAAAUUCCUGUUGGAGCAUUAUCUUCAGGACAUACAGAAGAUGGUGAACCUUUAUUUAUUGGUCGUGGACAACAUGAUGGUUCUGUUACAGUUGGGAAGGUAAAUCAAAAGGAGAUAAAAACACAGAAAAGUGAAACAAUAGAUAAGAAUUGUUUACUCUUUGACUCUGGAGACAAAUCUAGUAUGAAUUCAUUGAUUAUGACAUUAUUAAAGAGUUCAUUGGAAAAAGAAAAUGAUGAUCAUGAUGUUUUUGGUGCUUAUGUUGCUAUGGAGAUAAGAAACUUAAAAAGUUCUGAUUUGCAAACAAAAUUAAGAGCAAAAAUAAGAGAUUCUAUAUCUCAAAUUGUCAAUGAAGAUUCUAUGAUUAAAAAUGAACUUACAGGUUCAGCCUAGUCACAGUGUAUGUUACAUACCGUAUGGUGGUGAAGAAGUACCUCUUGAUGAAUAUGAAGUAUUAGUUGCUUAAAUGUAACAAAAUCAUAGAUGUAUUAAAAAAAUUAUUUGAAUGUUUGGCCGAGCUUAUUGGAACCACACUCUUAACCACUAAAUGUUUACAUUAUUUAUAAUUUUGAAGAUAAUUAAAUUAUUGAAUAAAUCUCUUAUCACUAAAUA